AUUCAUCGCGUGGAGAGUUGAAGACACAGAUAUGGCGCGUCUGCCCGAAGUAGAUAGCUGUGCUGACCAAGCACGACAGUGUAAGCGGAGAGAUCUGACGAUCAAUAUGUGUGCGUGACCUUCUUCCUGUGUACAGGUUUGAAAGAAGUGUACGCUCAUGGAAGGGAGCCGUCGGAGUGGCCUGAUCCGCCAUCCUGCACCUGUCCAUACACGGCACUUCUGUUCGCUCAGGCGGCCUUCGCACUGUAGGUUUCUCCAGGAGGCUGGACGUUUCUCAUCCGUGUAUUGUUGUUCAGAGGGCUGACGCGGCUUGAUUUCGGCUAUUUUGAUCGUGCCCGGGAGUAUUGUAGCCGAUGCCUGCACCUCGCAGAGCAGGUGGGCAAAUGAAUGGAUACACACAGACACACUCACACACACCUCUCACACACGACACACGAACGGGGGUGUCCUCUACUUGUGGUGGGCAUCUUCAGUGGGAGAAGACGGCCGCCAAACACAAGGAGCAGCCAGCAACCGCCAAGCGCGUAAGAAAAGAAGAGGCCGAAGGUUGUGCUUAUGUUGUGUGUGCGGCUGGUCAGGUGUUGGCCAUGAGCAGACUAUUGCUAGCUGAGGCGACUUUCAUCCCUCUACUCAUUGCGGCCCUCAAGACAGACUUUAUCUUCGACGUCCAGAGGAUGUCGUGUUAGGACAGGAUGUCGGACAGCCUUGCAGAGAUGCCAAAGAUGCUUCUUGUGUUCUCUGGUGCAGAUGACUAUUUAAUGCCGCUGGUAAAGGAGAUGGCCGCCAAGAAGACCGGGGCAGGGCAGGUGCUGACAGACAUCCAAGAAGCCCGCAGACACCUGCGCCGGAGCCGACCCCCUUCGCCAGCAAAAAGCAGGUACGAAGGAGAUCGAAUGCGCCAGACAAGGAUGCAGGGAACGAACAGCCCGUCUGCUGUCCGCCUGUCUGCCUGUCUGUCUGUCUGUCUGUCUGUUUGUGUGUCUGUCUGUCUGUGUCAGCGUUCCCGUGCCAGCUCAGCGCUCGGCCGCGUGGCAGCGGAUGGAGGCUGACCUGACAAACAGCGCCCUUUUCACAGAAGGUCAGUUUGGACUUCGAUGGCCACAAAUUGUCCACGGGAACAACAGUGGUUCUCCUCUCUCCUUUCCUCAGGUUUCCUUCUCUGCUUGGUCGGAAUCAUCCAGAUGGUCACCGACCGCAACACCAGCAGCAGCACCGGCGACACUGCCCACACUGAGCCGCGGACGAGCGGCAAAUCGGCGUCAGCUGCGGCCACCGCCAGCAGCUAUGGAGCGAGAUCGAGUGGGAGAGGGGCCACCACCACCACCACCACCACCUCACCAUUCUCCGCAGCAUUGGCAGGAUUGGUGGACUUGGGCGCAAGAUUGGCAGAUUGGGGGAUACGAAUGGCACUGUCGACAAAGCUGUCGGUGCCGGCCGACCCACAAAGGGGGUGCAGUCUGCUGCGACAGGUGAGAGGAUGUCACGUGGGUGGUCGUCUCGCCACUGAUGCCCCUUCUCCUUUUUGCUCAGGCGAGUGACGGUCUUAGCAACGACAGUCCGCACCGCCAUUUGGGGGUUGGGCCGGUGGUCGCGCAUUAUGUUGAGAGCCGCAAAUUGUGCAGAGAUGAGGACGUGCUGGUCAGCUGGACGCACUCGUAGUCAGUCAAGACACAUCCAUUUGACCUGAUGUCUGCUGCGUAUAUGUAUAUGGUUGCUGCAGGCAAGGCUCCCGCCGCUCAUCAGAGCCUACCUCCGCUUUGACAACGCGUGAGUGGAGGGGCGCUCGAUCAUCACUCAUCAUAAAACCUUGUUGUCUGUAUGCAGUGACCGCAAGCACGACUAUCAACAGGCCGUCGACAUCAUGACCUCUGAAGUGCGCAGGUACGCAGGAGCAAGUGGAUGAAUGCGGUGCUACUGCCUGCUGUCGCGUCUUCAUUUUGGUGUCGUUCAGCGAGUCGAUGUGGGCCGGUGCCAGCAGGGACCGAGGAGAUCUGCUGCCACAGCUGAGGCGGUACAAGGCACGCCGUCUUGCAUGGCCCUUCUUCGUGAUGCGGCGAUAUGAGGACGUGCGGGCCAUUGUCGGACCAGGAAAGAGAGAAUGAGAAAACCAGCAGGAACAGACUAUACAUACCUACGUUACAUUAUUUUUGUGUUGGUUGCAGCGUCCUUCCCGUCGCUAGCCGAUGCCGGAGAGGCGCCGCUCGCAUACAUCGCAUCGUUGCUGGCCGGGCGUGUCGAUGAGGCCAUGCGGAGAGCCUACCUGCUGCAUGUGGUCAGCCUUUCCGCCGGCAGUGUCGCUGUCUCUUCUCAUCGUUUCUCCUUGCUGCGUUAUCCCAGAAAUCGGCGGAAAGCGAGUCAAGCGACACCAGCAGUCCGUGGGAGGCAGCCAUGUUGAAGCGGCUUGGUCAAAAGCGCACGUAAGACCAUCGGAUGAUAGACAACCAACACCUUCGUGCUGCUCAAUUUGUGUGUGUGUGUGUGUGUGCAUGCAGGCCUCGAGAUGCAAUGCUGGCAUAUAUGCAAGUGUUAUAUCAUCGCGAUGCGUUGGAAUUCAUCAGCGAGGACAAGGAUGUCGAGUUUCUGGCAGAGGUAAAGCGUUUUCCUGCAGGCAACCAAGCACUCACGUUCGUCUCUGAUUAACCCUUUGUGUUUGUAUCAGGCGGAGGAGUCACUGGCCGGAUCAGAACACGUCAACCAGUGGGCCGUGGCGACACUGCUCGUAGGUCAGCUCGCCAUGAAGCCGCUGCAUAUCUACCGACGCUUUGUCUGUUCGAUCAGUGGCCGUGAGGGCCAACCGUUUCCAGACGACUGAGGCAGACGACUUCACCCGCCGACAACACAGAGCCUGUCAGGAGUACGCCCUCAUUCGGAUCUUGAGUCGGCAACAGUCAAUCGAGGUACAGGCACACACACACACACACACAUAGAGAGAGAGAGAGCUCUGCGGCCGGCAUACGUGUGCCUCUGAGUGUGUACGUGUGCUUCAUGGCAUCGUGUGUCUAUGAAUGUGUGUCUUCAGGUCGAUUGGGUCGUCCCGCACGCAUGGCGGUGCUUUGCCAUCCACUACUAUGCCUACUUCAAAGACAUCCGCCUUUGUCGACGCACACUGGGCGCCGCCAAGCAGUAAUGUGGAUGAAAUGAAUUAGCCAGUAGUCAUGUAUGCUCAUCGAUCAGUUUGUGUGAAGGGAGGCGGCUACAAUCCGGUGUCCGAAGCUGCGGGCUCGGUUUGAAGACUGGAUAUCUGGGCGUGAGACAGAUGUCAUGUCUUCCCACACAAUAUCGAUGAUACAGUUUUUGUGUUUCUUUGCAGUGGCGGCCAAAGUCGGCCAGCCCAUCCUCCCACCCCGUCUGGCGCAGUCAUCGUGGUGGGACAGGUUGUCCGAGUACAUCGCCAAGUUCAACAACGAACUGCAGUUAGAGGCUGCAUCCCUGGGCCUCGAUGCCGCUGACGACCGGCUGGCAUGCUUGUCGCUGAGAAACUGAGAGCCACCUGGCUGGACAGAUCUAGACUGUAUGUGUGUGUAUGUGGUUGCCACUUAGCACUCAAAUAUUAAUGACCCCACUGCCCUUGUAUCAUGCAGAACGUUAACAUGCACCGUGG